AUGCAUCUAACCCGCCAGCCCAAGAUUCGAGAUCCAGAUCAGUUCCCGACCACACAACUAUUUCUGCUCGCCAUUGUUCGCUUGGCUGAGCCGAUCGCCCUCACAUCUAUCUUCCCAUACGCCUUCCCGCUGGUCAAACGAUUCCAUGUCGGUAACGAGAACGAUGCCUCCUUUUACGCCGGACUCCUCAUAUCUGCCUUCGCGCUCGCUGAGUCGCUGACUGGCAUGUAUUGGGGAGGCUUGUCCGAUCGCGUAGGAAGAAAGCCAGUUCUACUUUUGGGAUGCCUAGGUACGAUGCUCAGCAUGAUUAUGGUCGGAUUUUCAUCAAAUAUAUGGAUGGCAUUGCUAGGGCGAGCUUGCGGUGGCUUUUUGAACGGCAAUAUCGGUGUCAUCCAGACCAUGGUAGGGGAAUUAGUUACGAAGCCAGAACACGAGCCUCGAGCAUACAGCAUCAUGCCCUUCGUCUGGUCGAUCGGUACAAUUCUUGGUCCAGCGAUCGGAGGAUACUUUGCAGAUCCAUCAGCCUCCUUCCCGGAUACAUUUUCUCCUGAGGGCCUAUUUGGGAAGUUCCCUUAUCUUCUGCCCAACUUGCUUUGCUCUGGACUUCUUGGGAUCAGCAUUGUUGCUGGCUACUUCCUCCUAUUCGAGACCCACCCAGAUAUGCAACCUCGAGUCUCUCUUCCAGAUUCCACCUACACAUCUGAAGAAACGCCUCUGAUUGCAACCGCGGACGCAAUCAAGACACCGGCAGUUGAUCUCCGUGCAGAUGCUUAUGGCACAUUCGAGGGUAGCGACGACAGCACAUGGCGAAACAACAAUACCAAAGUGAAGCCUGUACGAAUUUUCACCAAGCGAGUCAUUGCUAUCAUCGUGGCUCUCGGAAUCUUCACCUACCAUAGCAUGACCUACGAUCACCUACUCCCAAUCUUCCUCGAGGAUGACAAAUCCGAGCCACUUUCAUCUUUCGCGACGUCAGUUGGUGGUAUGGAUAUUUUCCACAUGUCUGGCGGACUCGGAAUCAGCAUCCAGAAAGUGGGUGUGAUCAUGAGUAUCAACGGCAUCAUCGCGCUCUUUGUGCAGGCGGUCAUAUUCCCCUUCGCUGCCCAAUACUUUGGCAUCCACCGCUUGUUCAUCCUCGUCAGCAUCCUUCAUCCGAUCGCCUACAUUGUCAUGCCUUUCCUGGUAUCUUUACCUGAAUCUUGGGUCACACUUGGAAUCUACGCCUGCCUCACCAUUCGAAACUUGCUGUCUAUUCUCGCUUAUCCGGUUCUCCUCAUUCUACUCAAGGAAGCGACGCCUAGCCCGUCUGUCCUUGGUAAGAUCAAUGGAUUGGCUGCUUCUGCGGGAGCUGCUUGCAGAACCGUGGCUCCUCCUGUAGCUGGUUACCUUUACACCAUUGGUUCUCGUGUUGGUUUCACUGGUAUUGCCUGGUACGGAAGUGCCUUUGUGGCAAUCAUUGGAGCAAUUCAAUGCUUCAGUGUCAAGAGGGCGAAGACCGAAGUCACCGAAGAAGAUCAAUGGGAUGCUGGAGAUUGCAACAGCCGAAGUUCAAGCUCAACAGCUUCGGAGACGAGCUCUCUACUUCGUGAAUAG